AAAUGCGCACUGCUCACUCAUUUUCUGCCAUUUCAUUUGUAGUCCCGGGCUUAUAGUGUUGGACCUGUACAAGCUGCUAAAAUUAAGUACUAUAUAGCCUACUUUCUGACAGGUUGACCAAUUCAAUAAUACAUUAAUUAUUGAAUUGUUUUACAAUGAGUUUCUGAAAUUUCACUCAGUCCCCACUUAGAAGGACAAUUAGCAGCACGUCAAGUAUAAGGAAACUGCUUCUGCAAAAAGAGAAAAAAAAUAAUACAGCUAUCGUACUUGGCAGGAAAGUAUAUUAUUCGUUCGAAAAUGUGUUGCCUUUUCGUUGAAAGACAUUCCUGCCGAUGUGUGUCAUUCUGCAUUUACAUGCCGAUCCGCAGGACACCAUCAGGCUGUUCAACGGAACACCAUACACCCUAACCUAACCAUACGCUGAACGUCCCCAGUGUUUACUCGGUCACGCGCAGUUGACUUGUCAGCUUCUGCGCUGCAGCCGGUUUAGUUUACAAGUGAACUUGUGAGACCUGGUGGAGAUAUUUCGGGCUGGUGGGGGGGGAGCUGACGUUUCAUGCGACAUUUAUUUAGUAGGUAGGUGGUGCUGCAAUGCGAGCCUGACUGGGCUGCUUACCGAAUAAAACUUCGGAUUGGGGAAAAAACCGACAUAUUACCGUCUCACAUGACAUAUUACAAACCAGGAGAGUGGCCCUAAAAUGGCAUAUCCACAGUAUAGUGCUCCCCCGGAUCAGAGAUUUCUGUGGGAUAUAUUUCGGAGAGUGGAUAAAGACCAGAGCGGCUCCAUCUCGGAGACGGAGCUCCAGCAGGCUCUGUCAAACGGUACAUGGACACCUUUCAAUCCUGUGACUGUACAUUCAAUUAUAUCCAUGUUUGACAGGGACAACAAAGGCGGCGUGAACUUUAACGAGUUUGCUGGUGUUUGGAAGUACAUUAACGACUGGCAGAACAUAUUCCGCACCUAUGAUAGAGACAACUCAGGCUUCAUCGACAAGGAGGAGCUGAAGCAGGCCCUCACUGGCUUUGGGUACCGGCUCUCAGAUCAGUUCUACGGGGCGCUCAUUGACAAGUUUGACAGGCAGAGGAGCGGCCAGGUGGCCUUCGACGACUUCAUCCAGUGCUGUAUAGUGCUGCAGAGGCUGACAGAUGUGUUCCGGAGGUACGACACCGAUCAAGAUGGCUGGAUUCUCAUUUCCUAUGAGCAGUAUUUGUCCAUGAUCUUCAGCAUUGCCUAGUGAAUUAGGACACCGGGCUGCUCUGGAAAGCAAAACCUUCCCAACUGUCUUCUCACUCAGGAGUGUGAACAGACUGUGUAUCGUUCUGCGGCGGAAAACCAGGAAUACAAGUGACAUGCAUGUUCAUUGUGUACGAAUUAAUUACAUCAUAAACAACAUUUUAAGCACAGAUUUCAUGUGCAUUUGAUAAAGACAUGAAUCUUGUAAUUAUAGUAAUUACAGACCCUGGUUUUAUUGUAAGAAAGGUUUGUGUUUUUACAGGCAGACGUUUAGACACAUAAAUGCUUUUUGUUCCUUUUUGCAGAAUAUUUAUACUAACAUAUAUUUUUUUUCCCGGAAACAGGAACAUUUUGUAUCAUCUCAAAAGAGGCCAUGUUUUGUUGUAUAGCAGCUACCUGUGCAAAGUUCCUGAGAACUUUAAAAAACUUGCUUAGCAUCAGUCCUUGGUUUUUCCUGAGGCUGCGGCGUGUGGCUUUAAGCAGUGUUAGUAUUCAGCACAAUUAGGAAUUAACUCGGCUCGAGUACUUUAAGUGUGCAGCUACAAGCUCACAAGCACGUUAACAGUUCUGCAGUUGUAGGUGCGCCUGAAUUAAGACGCAUCAUCAAUGAUGGUUUGCAAUAGAAGCAGGGCAGUUUGUCACUUGUACAAAAUAGUGCAUUUUUCAGCUUCAUACUGCGAAGGCUUGUUUGAAUGAAAAUCCUUGCAGAGCGCAUUUGUAAUUUAACCUUGCAGCAUUGUAUUGUGUCCCUGUUUACAAUAAUUGUGCCACAUUACUGAAUUUGCACUUUAAAGGUGCAAUGCAUCUUAUUUUACAGUAGAGGGCAGCAAAUUGCUUUAUUUUUGUGAUGACAAAUCACGCAACCUUUAAAUGUACUGGAAACAAAAUAACGAAACUAAUCAAUCAAUAGAUUUUCUUCUUUGUGUACAUGGUGGUUUAUUAUUUGUAUGAGUAAUACUUAACUGUGCAUUAACUGUCUAAAUAUAUGUGCAGUUUAUACACAUAGUUCAGAUCAUUAAAGACAUUUUUAUAGUAAAGUGUUUUUUAAAUUAUGGCCAGAUAUACUUAAUACUUAUUAAGCAUAUUUUUUACAAAAUAACUUCUAACACUCAGGUAUAUUGUGGUACUAUUUGUAACGUUAGUUUUAUGCGUGUGAUAUGGUCUCCUUACAGGCUGGUGAGGUGAUGCCAGAUACAAGCAGUCUUACCUCUGACUUCCACACAGAACUCAAUGAUCUGCUUUGUUUAUCUUCAGCGCCGCUUUAGUUUACACUGUCGUGCUGUGAUGCAUGGAUGUGGGCGAAUCAUUGAGAUGGGAUAAAGUCUGACUACGGGAGAACAGUGAAAUGCCGAUGUUAUGCUGCAGCUCACUCUCCAUUGAUUUUGAGUCACUGUUACUAUAAAAACUUGCCUUUAUAAAAAUUUUGACCGUAAAGGACAUGGAGCAGUUCGACUGAAACUAUUGCCUCCGCCUCGCUGUCCCAGAAGCUCUGCUGAUGUGACUUCAAUCACAGCGAAGCCAGCUGCUUCCCAUUUAAUGUUUCAAGUGCACUGCAGUAAAAUAAUAUCCAAAUGUAA